AUGACAGAGAAUGGAACCAUUGACUUUUCAAAGAAGGAAUUGGUAAAAGUUGUAUCAUCGGGUAUAGGAGAACCUACACCGGGAUUUGGAUUGGGAGUUAUCGACAGGGAGGCAAAAUCAUUUCAUUUCUAUGAGAAAGAAAAGCAACAGUCAGAGAAAAAAUGUGUCAAAGAAAAAGAGAACAAUGAAUUAAUGGUUGGAUGGGACAACCUGACUCCACAGAACGGUUCAGCUCCAGUUGCUCGUCCAAGGUUAAUUUUUGUUAGAAGUAAAUAUGAUGAAUUUGAAACACCGAUUAGGAUGAAUACAGAAGGAAUACAAUCAUCUGAAAAUACAAUGAAUAAGUCAGAUGAUAGCCAUCAUGAAAGAAAACACCACGAUAUUGACAAACACACAAAAGCUCUAAAAGAGGAAGAAGAUGAAAGUUUUACUGUUGAUCAUACACAUAUCACCCUGAAAAAUGCAUCUAAUAAUACGAUAAAGAAUUCACACGCUUUAGAUAAACAUAAUGGAACUGGUCAUAAAGAGAAAUAUAUAAAGCAGAAGGCUGAUGACACUCGUAGUAGCAUUUGUUUUGAAGAGAAAAAUAAUUCUGUGAAUAUUGAAGGAAAACACAAUAAGCUUUGUCGAAGAAAGAAAUGCGGGUCUGCAAAGGCGAACAUUGAUGGCAAACAUUGUAGACUUGCUCAAAAUGUUAAACACGAGUCUUUAAAGCCAGACUCUGAUGACAAACAAAAUCGCCGUGGUCCUGGAGAGAAAUGUGAUUUUCUUGAAAAAGAUGACCGAAAGAAACACAAAAAUCCCGAUAAAAAAUGGAAACAAACCAAACGAAAAAGUAACCGAAAAAUGAAGCAAUUGUCAGAUGAAAUAAAAGAAGAACCAAACAUUGAUCCCUUCAAUUUAGAAUCUGUAUUUACAGAUAAACCAAACAAUCUGUAUGUUGGCUUAGGUAUGCAACUGUCACCACGUAUAAGACUUUCCCCACUGCCAAUUAAACCGAAGGUCAAUUUGAAUAACCACAAGAGGAAGAGCCGUGUGAGGAAAUCACCCGAAGGACAAUGUAGCCAACAGAAAGAGAAUGGCAUUAUCAAUGUACGAUCAACUGAGGAACAAAUAAGCCAAUCCAGAGACAAUUUGCGGUUACGAAAGUCAUUUAAAAAACGCAACAGCGGUUCUGAAGCAAAACUUGAAAGUGUCAAUGGCGUUAAGGAAAAAAAUCCAAAGGUGUAUUUCAGCAGAACACCUGAAUGUUCAACAUCAUGUGAAGACUCACACGACACCGUUUUAAACUACUUCAAAGAAAUCGUGAUAACCGAUGUCAAUCAACUGGUACCAAUUCAUGUAGAUUCCACCACUAAAGAACCAGAUACCAGCCUUCAAAACUCAGAAACUCAGGGUACAGACAGUGCUGAAACAAAAGUAGACGAACCUGCAAAUAAAGCGAGGUCAAAAUUCAAAGUUGGAAAUUUCUUGAAUUACAUUGAUGGAAAAUUAUCCAAGUUUAGCAGACUGUUGAAGAAUUGAUAAUUGUAUCGACGAAAAGGAUAUAAAGAAUCAUUAAAAUUUAGUUAUGAAAUAAAAUUAGCAAUAUCAA